UGCGCCGACGUGAAAAUAGCUUUGCCGAGUUAGUCCUUUGCGUAUCUGUUGAGUUAUUGAUGUCCAAUUUCUGAAAGAUGUGAUGCAUAUUCUGAUUGUAGGAGUGUGAAAUUCAAAAAGACUGUCCGCAGAAGAGUUCCACCACACCCAGGAUGUCGCUGUUCAAGGCGCGAGACUGGUGGUCCACCUCGGUGGGAGAAGCUGAAGAGUUCGGAUCUGGCUGCCUCUGCGUGGCUAACAUUGAUAACGGGUCAGAUGGACUCGACAAAAUUGUCACAGGUAGCUACCAGGGAAUUCUGCGUGUGUACAACCCCCGCCCCACCAAACAGGAAGAUGGAUGGUCAGGCUACCGACCAGAAGACGUACUACUGGAGUCAUCCCUACCUAACCCGAUUCUACAAGUGGAGGCAGGAGUCUUUGCCUCGGGCUCCGAUCUCCUCCACCUCGCUGUGUUACACUCCAGAAAGUUGGCAGUGUACAGUGUGUCUGUGAUGCCGGGGGCUGUCGACCAUGGUCGUCAGUAUCAGCUGAAAAAGACGUAUGAACACAGCCUUCAGAGAGCGGCCUUUAACUUCUGUUACGGUCCCUUUGGAUCAGUGAGAGGCAAAGACUUUAUAUGUGUGCAAUCCAUGGAUGGAACAGUGUCCAUCUUUGAACAGGAGAGUUUCUCGUUUAGUCGUUUCCUACCAGGAGCACUGCUACCUGGACCUAUUAAAUACAUUCCUAAACUGGACAGUUUUGUCACUGCAUCAUCGUCCUGGCAGUUAGAGUGUUAUAAAUAUCAGGUCUUGGCUGUAGCAACAGAUUCCAAGACGAAAGAAGAAUCUCAAAGUAUGAAGUCUGGGAAACGAGUGAAUGUGUCUGGCCGCGGGACUGUAUGUGAGUAUGACUGGUGUUUUAACAUCGGAGAGCAGGCCGUAGAUAUCUUUGUGACUCAGUUCCAACAAAAUGCACCGCAGACAAUACUGGUGUUAGGAGAAAAGAAUAUAUUUUGCUUAACAGAAACAGGUAAACUUAAAUUUAUGAAGAAGAUGGAGUGUGACCCAAGUUGCUUCCUACCUUAUGCUUCAGUCAGUGAUGGGGGUGUCAACUAUCUUGUCGGGUCACACACCAAGUCGCUGAUGGUUUACCAGGAUUGUACACUGAAAUGGGCCGCGAAGCUUGACAUCGUACCGAUGCAAGUCUGUGUCGGCACAUUCUCAGACCUGAAAGGUGUCAUUGUGACGCUAAGUGAUGCGGGGAGAUUGGAGUGCUCUUACCUCGGGACAGACCCCGCCCUCUUUAUUCCUCCCACAACAGAUGCACGGGAACUCAACUACCCUGACAUGGAUCGCGAGAUGGCUAUGCUACAGAAGAAGAUAAAACAACUAGCGAACAAAUCUGCAAUUGUGCCAAGUGUGAAGCAAGAAGAUGACCUCCAAAUUUCAUGUCAAGUCAACUCUAGUCUGGAUGAGCCAUCUGUUGCCGUUGAUAUGGAGUACGAGGACGCCGAUGGAGUUCCCUCCAUUACUGUCAGAAUUCAGCUGAAGGCCAGGCUACUGCUGGAGAACAUCAAAGUGAUUGUUCACGUCGACUAUCCUCUGGCGUCCAGUUUACAGACAUUUGAUGUAUCAGAUGUUGAUCCUAGUAGACCCUCCGAACAUUUUGUGUCCUUUUUUGUUCAGGGUAGAGGACUACCUACGACAUUAACUGCAAAUGUUUCGGCAAACUACAUCAGUGCUUCAGGAGCACCGAGGGUAGCCGUUGGUAGGGUCAAGCUCCCCAUCAAACUAGUGGUAAAGCCUGUUUUACCGGUGAAGAAUGCUGAAUUCAAGCUUACACUAGAUUCCAAUAAACCUCCUGCAAACCUUUUAGAAAUUUUCACAGAUUUAGCUGGGGAGAACGCAGGAGGACAAGGCGCUGCUCUAGGGUUUCAGUAUUUCGGCGGACCUAUUGUUACAAUACUGGCGUCUAAAACGUCACAGCGCUACAGACUUCAGUGUGAUAAACUAGAGGGGUUGUGGCUGGUAACCAAGGAGGUGGUUGGUCGUCUUAACAACCACUUCAACAAGGGCAAGACUGCGGCCUACUCCAUCUACUUCUCGUCACAGCUCCCCCUACAGGAAUACUUCGACCUUAUCGACAGCCAUUUUGAGCAUCGCCUGAACGCCAAGAGGUGUAGUGAGAUGUUGGCUCAGCGAGCGUCACAGUUCCGUGCAAUACAGCGUCGGCUUCUGACACGAUUUAAAGAUAAAACCCCGGCUCCUCUAGGCAACCUUGACACCUUACUAGAAGGAACUUACAGACAGUUGUUACAUUUGGCGGAUGCUGUUGAAGACAACAACAAAUCGCAGGACUUGGCUGCCAACUCUCUAAACUGUGGCACACGCCUGUUCAACCUCCUCAUACGACUCUGGACCAGCAUGUCUGAUGACGAGUUUAAAGUUCUGCAACAGACCAUAGCACCAAUUGUACCCAGUUCUCAAGAGCAGGGCUGGGAGGAGUCUGUGGAUGCGUCAGUGACACACCUCCUUCGUACAACUCUAGCCAAGUCGGCCAAGGACCAGACGUUAAACCCACAGCCCCUACAAAUGCCUGAGGACACCACCAAAGUGAAGAAACACAUCGCUCUCAUGUGUGACAAGCUGGGGAAGGGAGCAAGACUUGUAGAGGGCAUGCCCACAAAUACAGCAGUGAAUAUGGCACCUUCACAACGAAAGGAGAAGAAGAAUAAGAUCUCGGCCACAAGUAAAACGGUGAUGGAGAACGGACACAUCGACACCAGUGAUGAUACCGAGACCUUAAUUGGUAGUCAGUUUGGUAAACAGAAACACAAACGGAAAGAAGCGGACUCACUAUCCUACCCUAAUGGCAUGUCAGAGUUACCUGCUCUUGGAUUACCGGUGGAGAAUCAACCAGAUGAGGGAUUGGAGUUCCAUAAGAAGAAACAGAUUGAGGCUAUGGUUCCAGAUCUGGACGAUAUGGCUGACCACAUGGAAGGACCCGGCCUGGUUCCCUUGGAGGACUGACCACUGUCCAGACAAGAGACUCUCUAUCACCACUGAUCAUUCUACAUCAUUAUUAACCACAGUGUGCAAAUUCUUGACGAAAAGGGAUAAUGAGAUGACUAUCCCCGCCCUGAAAUGAAGACACAUCACAGGGAAAGUGGACCCCAGGUCACGCUGUCUUGAAGUUUUGCGGGGAAAAGUGGGAUCCAUUCUCUCCGAUGACGACACAUUGUAAGGAUUAUGGGAUCCAUUCUCUCCGAUGACGACACACUGUAAGGAUUAUGGGAUCACAAUCUUUCUGAUGACGACACAUUGUAAGGAUUAUGGGAUCCAUUCUCUCUGAUGACGACACAUUGCAAGGAUUAUUGGAUCCAUUCUCUCCGAUGACGACACAUUGUAAGGAUUAUUGGAUCCAUUCUCUCUGAUGACAACACAUUGUAAGGAUUAUGGGAUCCAUUCAAUUUCUCUCUGAUGACGACACACUGUAAGGAUUAUGGGAUCCCAAUCUCUCUGAUGAUGACACAUUGUAAGGAUUAUGGGAUCCGUUCUCUCUCAUGACACAUCAUGGGGAUAGAAGAAUCCUUGCACUACAAUGACACGUUAUGGAGAUAUUAAAUUAUUAAGCUGUGAUGACCCCUCACAAGGAACUUAAGCGCUGUCCUCGGUUCGUUUCGUCCAUAUUGUUGAUUUCCGUCCAUUGAGUUUCGUCGUUGCAUGAAACUUCCUGCCAAAUGUUACUGUGUAAAUCUGUUCUGUUAAACUCAAUAUAAAUUUAUUUUGUAAAGAAUAUUUACACACACGAGUAUCUCCCAAGUCUUGAUCUGGUGUUGUAUUGGCAUAAAUAAGUACAUAUUUUGUUAAAGAAAUUCACACAUAGGUUGUAAAUUAUUAUAAUGUUAAAUAGUUUUGAAAGAAUAUACCUUAUUGUUGCACGAAUGGGUUGGUACUGUACUUAAUGGAGCACAGUCAAUGUGUGACCCAGAAUUCGUAGUUGUUACCUGUUUCAUAUUACAAAUCAUUACAUAUCAGCUUUCUGAUGAUUAUAUAAUUGAUAUCAAACCUUACUUUUCCCAGUCAUUUAGUUUAUACAGCUCUUCCAGUCAUAAUAAACAUGUGAAUGGAAACUGACAUUUAUAUUUAAAGAGCUACUUAUGUAUACGUACUGUAGUAUCAGGAAAUCACUGUUUAUCUUAAAUUAUUUAUUAUGGAUUUUGAUACAUUGUAUCAGAAAUACACUGUUUAUCUCAAAAUUUGUUACUAGUUCUGAUAUCUGGAAUACACAGUUUAUCUCAAAGUUUUAUAUAUAUGUAUACAUGUACAGUGCUAACUAUUUAUUACAAACUUGUAUAACUGACAAACACAGUUAAGCCCAAACUGAGGAUGUGUUGGUGAGUUACUUCCCUUUUGUAUAAUGCAAAAUGUCAGACACAAUUGACAGUAGCUGUGAUGAACAAUUGCUUGUAACUUCCCAGUUGACAUUUUUGUUAAAAUAAGUUUACAUAAUUAUUAGAAAGGUAUAUAAAAUGAAGCAUGUAUGUAGAAUUUCGUAAAAAUAUUGAUCUCCCUUUAAGAACAGAUUAGCAUUGUACACAUGUAUGUUUCUGCAUUCUGUUGUAAUAUUCAAAUUUGUCAAGGAAUUAGCAAAGUGUGCAAAUUAUUAUUACCAUUUUUAUGAAAUAUUUUAACAGACCUGUGUUAAAAUCUUGAGGAAAGAAGAUUUAAAUAAAAAUGUGGGAUAUAUCUUUAAUCAUCAAUCAUUUUUAUCUCCACAAACCCCAAUUGUGAUGGAAAUUUACUUGAUUGUGUAAGAUGUUGUUGAAAUCUGUGAGAUAUUGUUAUUAUGUUGUGUCAUUAUUUCCUCAAAUUUUGCAACAAUAAACAGUCGUUUUUUAGUACUAUAUUUUUGCUGGCUUUAUACUGAUUUUUUUUUUUUUUUUUCAUCUUAUUUAUUAAAAGUGAUUACCUAAGAUUGUGGCCUUUUAAGUUAAACUGAAAUCCUGCAGGUAUGGAGUCAGAACUGCAGCCUUUUAUCUGUGUAUGCUUUGUACAUUAUUUUUCAUCAGCAUGUUUUUUGUUUCUUUUUCAUUGAGGAUAUUUUGUAAAUAUGAAAUUUAAUAAGAUAUUGAAUGACUCUGUCACCAUUAAAGAAAUUUUGUGAAAAUACCUUUUUAAAAUUGAAGUACUGUAUUAUCAUAUUGCGUCAAUUUAAUUAACAAUAUUCUUAGUACACAAUACAACUUUGCUUACUUUGGAGAUAAUUGCAAAAAAGAUCACACAAAAAUGGGGGCAUACAGUACUAACAGCCUGUCAGUGAUAAUAUUGUUGGCUUCAAGUAAAGACCAGAAAAAAUAACUUUUAGAUGCUAAUAAUCAGGAAAUAGUGCAUUAAUUGUUUAAUUUUUAUCUUUAAAUUUGUUAUUCUAGAUAUUUUUGCAGGAGUUGAAGAAUUUAGACCAUUUUUUUUUAUUGUAAACAAAAAUCAAAAUGUCUGAUUUUAACAAGUUUCACUCUACACAAAAAUUGUGGCAACGUAAAGUUAAGGUUUGUAAAAAGAUAUCAAAGUUUUCAGACCAACAAGAUUCCAAGGUUAAAAAAUUAUGGAAACUUCUCUUUGCAUAAAAAUAUGAAAAUGUCUGGACUAUCUGGUGAUAUCGUUUUACAAAACGUUACUUUAAAGUGAUAUUUAGAAUCUCUGUACCAAAGUUAAAUUAAAAAUUGUUCACAGAGAAACAAACUUUCAAAAUCAUUUGUAUUGUAUGGAAAUAUUGUAAAAUGAUUUGUUCCUCAUCUCUGAACUUUCUCUGUAAGAAAGAAUAGCUCCCCAACCACAGAACAUUUCUCGUUUUGUUUUUAAUUGUCGUUUAAUAAUAGCUAUGCUCAAUAUUUUGUGUUCAGACAUUGCAUCAGAUAUCCUGUUUUUGAGAAGAGAAGAUUACUGAUAAAAAUAUGUUCAGUAAGUCAUUGUUGUCAAUAGUAUACAUUGUUCAGUCACGAUUUUCAUCGGGUUGUUAAGAUUGUUUAUUAUUGUAUGAUUGAAGAUCUGUAUUUUACAACUUUCUGAAGUGACAUUUUCAUUAUUUAUUUUUAUCUCUAAAUCAAACCAGUUUGAAUAGAUUUUGCAUAAUCCCAGUUUCAUAUAUUCAGUAUAUGAAUAUUUUCAAUAUUUGAAUAUUCAUGUCAUUAAUGUAAUGAAUAUUCAGUAGGCAUUAAUGUAAUGAAUAUUCAGAAGUCAUUAAUGUAAUGAAUAUUCAGAAGUCAUUAAUACUAUGAAUAAACAUUAUGUAAUAUUCAGUGAUACAUGUAGAUUCAUCAAAUAUUUGUAAUUUAUACCAAGUUAAAUCAGCGCUAUUAUAAGUAUUAAAUGUUUUAAAACUCUCAAUUUCAUGAUUAUUCCAAGGCUGACUUGAUGCCAUGAAUAUUAAGAAGUUUCGCUCGUAAUGGAAUGUUUCUUUCCUUACCUAUCAUAGAACUUUUUAUUUCAUCCAUUGGGCAUGACGCCUUCCAAGACUUUUUCAUAUAGUUUGUUGACAAUUUUAUGCAUUUUCUUUUUUUUUUACUUUUGCUAAACAAGUGUUGUCAUGAGCACUAAUUUGUACCUCAAAGUUGGACCGAAUGUUUUCAUGUUUUUUUAUUUUAUGUAAAUUCACAGGCCUUAAACAUCUUAGUUUAUUUCUUUAUUCCAAACAUCUAUGCAGUAACUCUUACUGUAUACAGACAACAGAUUAAUCUACUGCUUAUAUACUGAAGAUAGAAAGCAUUCCUCAGACUAAGGUAUUGAGAAGAUUUUAUAAUGGUAUGACUCUAUAAAGACACUGAGCUCUUGUCUGCACUUAAAAACUUAGCCAUAAGUGAUAUAAGGUUGGUACUUAUUCAUAUUUUUUUCUCUCAUUUUUCUAAAAUAUGUAUAAAUAUAUUUCAGUGCUUAUUCAUAGUAACAUCAGUUUCCCAUUUUGACUCCAUGAAUCAAUGUUCACUUAAAUGUUUGGUUCUGAUGCAUUAAAAUGUCAUGUAUAAAAACAUGUUUGUGAUCAUGACUUAUAUUAGUCACUACUGUAUCAAAUAUUCUCAUUAAUCAUCCAAUUCAAAUCAAAGAUUAGUUUUGUAAAAUUUUCACUUUCCAGAUUGCAUUUAGUCAAAGAUUUUAUGUAAUCAUCAUCGACAGUAGUCUUAGAAUCAGUAAUCAGAAGAAUUUUUUCUUUUUCAAAUUCUCAUGGGAAAGCGGGUGUUUGUUUAUUCAUGAAGUUUAUCAAAUAAUUCUUGCUUUUCCUGGGGUUUUUUGUCCUUUAAAAAAAUAGCUAGCUUUUCUAAAUACAACUUGAAGAUGAAAUCAUUAAGCAUAACUAAUUUUCAUAAUCAUAAAGUUUUGUUUUUAACACAUUUGUAUCAUUUACCAUGUUUCCUGACAUUGAAGGUUUAGGGUCGUAGAGCAGUUUGUUCAUUAUUGAUUAUUUGUUUGCAAUAAAAAGUCAACAAAAAACCCAUGGUUGGAGACUAAGUUGAGAUUUGGAAAAAAUAUAAUUGACAUAGUAUGGUGGAUGUUCUCAUUCGUUGUUCAUGAAGUUGAGAAAUUGACUUACAAGGGAAUCACAAAGCUUCAAAAAUUAAAAAAAAAAAAAAAGAAUUUAUGUAAAAGCUUAUGAUUAUGUUCUAAAUAAAAAUCAUAAGAUAUUAUGUGUACGUGUAGGAGCAAGUCAUGGAUUGUAGGGAUAUUGAAAUUCAAAAUAAACUCUUGGUAAAAGUAUUGAUAAAAGGUAUAAAAGAAACAGAAUCAAAACUGUCAAAUGUGUCCAGAUAAAAAAUAAUUCAUUAGCAGAAUGUCAAGGCCGUCCAUUUCUAUUAUGUCCUGUAAAUUUGUGUGAAAACCAACACAUUAUUUAUUAUAUAGCUGCACAUUGCUUUAGUGUGGUGUUGAAAUGGAAUUGUAAAUUCCAAAAUACAUACCCCAAUUUGAUGUCUCAGAUUUGUAGAUCUUCUGAUGUCAUUGAUGUACAGACUCCGCUAGUGGGAACCGUUUUCACCAAUGAAAAAUGUAAUUCUAAAGUUAGCAUUUUUGUUUCAGAAAAGAAAAUAUCUGAUUCAUACAAAAUAAGGCAUAUGACAGAAAUGCAAAACCAUGCUUUCAUUUUGCUUCGUUGGCAUUUAGUCGGAAGUACUUUUCUUAUCAAUUUUUGAAAUAGAAAUCGUCAAAAAACAUCAGCUGUAAAUUAAUGGUAACGUUUCCUAGCCCUAAACCAAUAGUUCUUAAACUUACAAUGCUAUAAAAAAUUACCAGGAAAUAUGGUCUAAUGACAGGCGAAUAUUGAUACGUCAUACAGGAACUGUUAAAGAUGAUAAAAACCCGGGACAUCAAAUAGGUGUACUGUACUUACACAAAAUAUGUUGUUAUGAUGUUGUUGAAAAGUUGAGUUUUUGCACUAAGAUGUAAAAACUAUUGUGUGUAUAUAUAUAUAGGUUGUAUAACAAAUAAAAUUGACUACUGUAUAUGUGGUGUAUACCUGUAAACAUAUGUGAUCUGGGGGAAAAGUGUCAUACGUUCUCAAAUACUGUACAUGUUGUAGGAACGAACUGUUUCCUUGAUGAAAAGGCACGUUUCCUACAAAGACAAAAAAUGUAUUUAUUCCGUGUAGGACAAAGAAGGAAAUGACCUGGAAUAUCCUAAUUUGUCUUUCCUUGAAACGAUCUGUGAUUUCUUAGAAUUAUUUUGUAUGGUCAACAAGCUUUUUAUAACUAUGUUUUCAAAUUGGACCAUGUAUGUGUAAAUAAAACACAUCACUUUGAAAAA